ACCUGAGCAGGGAUAUAAGGCCAGAGCUGCUUCUUCACCUCACAACUGCAACCUGUCACUGCAACUGAACCUGCAAUUCCCCUCUUCAAGCUACUGCUCCUAAAUACUUAAUCAUGAGUAAGAACUACAUGAGCACAGAGAGGAUUCUUCUGAAAGGGGACUACCUCCUCUCCAACAAUGAACAAUUUAAAGCUAUCUUUCAGACCGAUGGCAACUUUGUGCUCUACGGUUGGGGUAAGGUUGUCUGGGCAUCAAACACUGUGAACAAAGAUGCUCAUAGGCUCAUCCUCCAACGGGAUGGUAACCUGGUCAUCUACACCAUACAGGACCAUCCCAUUUGGGCCAGUAACACCGGCCGUAGCAACAAUACACAAAGAGGUCACCUCACACUCACUGACAAAGGUGCCCUGGAGCUCUACAGGGAACAAAAUGUGAUCUGGAGAUCAUAACAUCAUUGCAUCCUCAUACCUGUCUACUGUAACACCGACUGGCCCAACAAUGAUGAAGAUGCCCUGAUCCUCUACAGUUCCAGAAAUGUGGUCCAGUGCUCUCGUGAUGACACUAGUAAUGAGGCAGAGUAACAUCUUCACUUCGCCAUACCUGUCUAUGUCUACCACUAAAAUAUGUAAUCAAAAGCCUUUAUAGGCUCUUUUACCCUUAGAUUUGGUCAAAUAAAGAAUAUAUUGACUUUUAAA